AUGUCUUCAAGACAGCCAUUCCCAGAAAAGCGAGCAAGACCCGAUACAAGAGUAGUUUUCCUCGCGAUCGCAAUCUCAGCUGCUCUCAUAAUCCUCUCCGCAGUUGUGUAUUUCCUCUAUCAUCUCUGGUACUCAUUUCUCCAGAAAUCGAGAACCAGCCCAUUUGAUGCUGGCUCGCCAUUGAACAAGCUCCACAAGUUCAGCCACAAAGAAUUAAAGAGCGCCACCAAUAAUUUCAGCGUCUCAAACGCCAUAGGCAAAGGCGGCUCCGGCACCGUCUUCCGUGGCAUUUUGACCGACGGUAAAUUGGUGGCCGUCAAACUUCUCGACUCCAAUUUGCUCCAGAGCGAGCAGGAGUUUCAGAACGAGUUGAAAAUCCUCGGUGGGUUAAAACCUUGUCCUUUGAUUGUUAAUUUAUUGGGGUUUUGUGUGGAGAAAGGCAAGAGGCUGUUGGUGUUUGAGUAUAUGCCUAACAGAAGCCUUCAGGAAUCUCUGUUUCUUCAAGAUCCAAACAAUUGCAGUAAUGAUGGGGCUUGUGAUGAUUUUGGUUUGAAUUAUUUGAAUUGGGGCAUGAGGUUUAAUAUAAUUCUUGAUGUUGCCAAGGCACUGGCUUUCUUGCAUCACGAGUGUGAGCCUCCCGUGAUCCAUGGUGAUGUGAAGCCGAGCAAUGUGUUGCUAGACUCUGAGUUCAGGGCCAAGCUCUCGGAUUUCGGAUUGUCAAGAUUGAAGCUCGAGGGUGAAGUUGGGGUAGAUUUGUUUAGCCAAGAGCUUUCUGGGAAUUUGAAUGCUGUUGGAGGUUUUGGUGAGGUUGAAAUCGAAAACGAGAGCCAAGAAAACAAUGAAGUGGAUUUCGCCUUGGCUCUGCAAGCUUCUAAUUCUUCAAAAAAUAGUCCCAAAUAUCAGCAUAGUUCGAUGAGGUUGGCUAAAAAUUGCGGUAAUAGCAAUUCGAAGGGAAAGGAGUUAGUUCCAUAUGAUCACGAGUUGAGUAGUGAGGAGCAUAGUGAAGACAUUAGUAGCAAACAAUGGGGGAAAGAUUGGUGGUGGAGACAAGAGGGUAGUGAGGAAUUGAGCAGCAAAGAGUAUGUGAAUGAGUGGAUUGGGAGUCAAAUAUGCCCUGAUCCCGAUAUUCCCAAUUGGGAGAAAACGAGCUCCUCAAAAAAUGACACAAAAUCGGAAAACUACACGGAAAACAACAAGAAUUUUAGGCAAGAAUCUGGGUUCGACCGUCCUAAUGGUGGUUUGGACAAGGAAAAUCCAAAAACUCAUUCAAAAAAUCACCGGAAGAUGCACGAGUGGUGGAACGAAGAAAACCUAGACGACAUCUGCAAGAAGAGUAAAACGACGAAAAAGGUCAACAAAACGAGCCGUGCAAGAAAAAAGAUAGAAAAAAGUAAUUCCCACGGAGAUGUUUUGAGCCGGGAGUUGAGUAGCACGACUAGCAUGAGAGGCACAUUGUGCUAUGUGGCGCCCGAGUACAAUGGGUACGGAUACUUAAUGGAAAAGACCGAUAUUUACAGCUUAGGCGUUUUGAUUCUUGUUGUUGUGUCGGGUAGAAGGCCAUUGCACGUGCUGGCCUCGCCAAUGAAGUUCGAGAAUGCAAACUUAAUUAGCUGGGCAAAGAGGUUGGCAUAUUCAGGGAAUGUGCUUGAGCUUGUUGAUGAGCGGUUAAAGGAUGAGUACAAUAGGGAAGAAGCGAGUUUGUGUAUUAAUUUGGCGCUCGUGUGCUUGCAGAAGGUGCCUGAGUUGAGACCCGACAUUGGGGACGUUGUCAGGGUUCUCAAGGGCGAAAUGGAGAUUCCGCACCGCCCGUUUGAGUUCUCACCUUCGCCUCCUUCGAGGCUGUUUAGCAGCUCCAGAAAUGGCGGUUUAGAUUAUUAG